AUGAGUAUACCUAGUCAUGCCAUCGAAAAAGAAGAUGAAACGAAACCUUUGUGGAGAUAUGUUACAAAGUUAAGAAAAACUUCUGGUGGUGGAAAUAAUAUGAUUAAAUGCAGUUUGUGUGAUUUAUCAUUCAAUGGAUCUUACACUCGAGUAAGAUCUCAUUUGCUAAAAAUUACGGGAGCAGGAGUUAGAAUUUGUCUAAACGUGACUACAUCAAAACUUGUUGAGUUUAGAAGAUUAGACAAUGAAGCAGCAUUGAAAAUAGAAAAUUCAAAGAAGAAAAAGGUCUCUCUACCAUCUGUAUCUAAUGAAGGAAAGCAGACGAAUAGCGGUGUUAAUCCAAAACACAAAGGUCCUUUAGAAGCUUCUUUCAAUAUCCAAGCUAGAGAUACUCUUGAUUAUGAAAUUGCAAGGAUGUUUUAUUCUGCAGGACUACCAUUUCAUCUAGCAAAAAAUCCUCACUUCAGGAGCGCAUUUUCUUAUGCUGCCAGUACUUCUAAUCUCAGUGGAUAUGUACCACCAACAUAUAAUAAAUUGAGAGGUCCUUUACUUGCAAAAGAAAGAAGUCACGUAGAAAAUCUUCUACAACCCAUAAGAGAUUCAUGGAAUGAUAAAGGUGUGACAAUUGUUUGUGAUGGGUGGACUGAUCCUCAAAGAAGACCACUUAUAAAUUUUAUGGUUGUCAAUGAGAGUGGUCCAAUGUUUUUAAAGUCAAUAGAUGGAUCUGGUGAGAUAAAGGACAAAGAUUUUAUUGCUAAACACAUGAGAGAUGUAAUUAUGGAGGUUGGAUCAAAAAAUGUGGUACAAAUUAUAACUGAUAAUGCAGCUGUAUGUAAGGCAGCAGGUAUGCUUAUAGAAGCAGUAUUUCCUUCAAUCUACUGGACUCCUUGUGUAGUGCAUACAUUGAAUCUUGCAUUGAAAAAUAUUUGUGCAGCAAAAAAUUGUGAAAGAAAUAGUGAUACUUAUAAAGAAUGUUUUUGGAUCACACAAAUUGCUGAUGAUGCUACAUUUAUCAAAAACUUUAUUGUGGGGCACUCUAUGAGAUUGUCAAUGUUCAAUACCUUCAACUCAUUCAGGUUGCUUUCUGUUGCUUCUACAAGAUUUGCUUCAACCAUUAUCAUGCUCAAAAGGUUUCAACGUUUGAAGAAAGGACUUCAAGAGAUGGUUAUUAGUGAUGAUUGGUCUUCUUAUAAAGAGGACAAUGUGGACAGUGCACAAUUUGUGAAAGAAACUUUAUUGAAUGAUAAUUGGUGGAUGAAGGUUGACUACAUACUUGCUUUUACUGCUCCUAUUUAUGAUGUUCUCAGAAAAACAGAUACAGAUAUGGCUACUCUUCACUUGGUAUAUGAAAUGUGGGACUCAAUGAUUGAAAAUGUUAGAAAGAUCAUAUACCAACAUGAAAGGAAGACAGAAGUUGAACAUUCAUCCUUUUUUGAGGUGGUAAAUUCAAUAUUGAUUGAUCGUUGGACUAAAAGUAGCACAUCUCUUCAUUGCCUUGCUCAUUCUUUAAAUCCAAGAUAUUACAGUCCUGAAUGGUUAAAUGAAGACCCACAAAGACGUGCCCCACAUAAAGAUUUUGAACUUACUCAAGAAAGGAAAAAAUAUUUUAAGAGAUACUUUGAUGACGCUGAUGUGAGGAGAGAAGUGAAUAUAGAGUUCGCAAACUUUUCAGGUAAAUUGGGAGAUUUUGCAGAUGAGGACUCUUUAAGGGAUAGAGGCAAAAUGGAUGCAAAGUCAUGGUGGAUUAUUCAUGGAUCGCAUGCACCAAUACUUCAAAAUAUAGCUCUUAAGCUACUUGGACAACCAUGCUCUUCUUCUUGCUGUGAAAGAAAUUGGAGCACCUACUCUUUUAUACAUUCUUUAAAAAGAAAUAAGAUGACACCUAAAAGGGCGGAAGAUUUAGUAUUUGUCCACAGUAAUCUUCGUCUUCUUUCAAGAAACUCUUCAAAAUACAAGGAAAAGGAAACUAGCCUGUGGGAUAUUGCUGGAGAUGAUUUUUCAAUGGAUGAUAACGAAAUUCUUGAUAUUGCUAGCCUAUCUCUCGAUGAACCAGAAUUAGAAGUUGUAUUUUUGAUGAAGAUUAACAUAUAUAAGCCUCAAACAUUAUGA